AUGGCUUGGUUAUCAUAUAAAUUUGUCGUAUUGGUCAUCGCAGCAUCGGUAUAUUGUGCUCCCGAGGGUUAUAACUACAAUAAGCCAAAUGUUCCAUUGCAGUUGCCUAUUCAAACUCAAGAUUCUCAACAGGCAGCUCCCCAGCAGGCUGGACAGAUCUUCCAAAAGACCGUGUCGUAUUCCAUUUCACACGAAGACUAUGAAUAUUUGAAACACCAGAAAGAUGAACAAGCUCAAAAUGGCGCGCUUAUCAACAACCCGAUACCGCACCAGCCGCUGAUCAAUCAAUUGGACACAGCAGUCGCAAAUACAAUACUCGAAGCUGACGCGAAUAAAGAAACGAUCGUACAAAACAGUGAUUCGUCUUUGUACAAUAUACAAAACAAUAUACAGUUAUUCAACUCGCAAAUUAGUCCGCCCGUAUAUCAUGAAAAUGUACCUCCCGUACUUCAAUUACAACCCCCGGCUAUAACUCCAAACAACUAUUAUGCUCAAGCACAAAUAAAUAAUGUUGCCCUGAAUUCCCAAAACGGUAUUCAACAAAUAGUUAAUAUUCAAAAUGGUGCUUCUAAUGAGCUCGAUGUGCACGGCAAUUCUUCGCCAGUAAACGUACAGAUUGCAUCAGGUCAGAAUUUCCAAAAUAAUGUGCAGCCGUUAAUACCGGUGCAAGGCUUCCAGCCAUUUACAAAUGUAAAUGGCCCGCAAUAUAAUCCACCAUCCAAUGAGGUCAGUGCGCCAGUCAUUACUAAACAUAUUUAUUUCCACGUGCCACCUCCGGAUGUUGAAGAAGUACAACGUAUACCCAGCCCUCCACCGCCAAAGAAAACUUAUAAGAUUCUAUUUAUAAAACUCCCUGCUCAAGCCUCCGCUUCUAAUGCUAAUCAACUACAAUCAAGUCUCAGGGCAGCCGCGCCUAUAGAAGAGAAAACUCUUAUAUAUGUCUUAGUUAAAAAGCCCGAAGAGCAACAAGUGAUUGUUACCAAUCCACCAAAACUAUCAGAACACGAAGUGUUGUUUGUUAAUUAUAGAGAUAAUCCAAUAACAGAGACGGAGGAGAUAGAAAGAGUUGUGGAAAUACCUCAAAGGAACAGUCGAGUAAAUUCACAAACACUGCAGCCCGGGUCUGAUCUGAAGCAGAUAAAACCAACUUCCGGCGCUUUGAGGGCCUACCCCUGA